UUUCUUCAUGGCUGCUGUCAAGUUCUGUCAGUUUCAGGGUUCGGCAGAUUACGACUAAGUUGGUGGUUAUUGUGUGUAAUAUAAAAUAAAUGAAUUAAAUCAGUUGGAGAAGCCUACUGUAUCGUGUUUUCAUAAAGACUUGUCUAUUCAAGCGGCAUUACCAUGUGGAGUGACUCUUUGCUCAUUGUAUUUAUUUCAAUUUGUACGGCUUUUUUAGGAGAAGGGCUCACAUGGAUACUGGUAUAUAGAACAGAAAAGUACCAAAAACUUAAAGUAGAGGUGGAGCGUCAAAGCAAAAAGCUUGAAAAGAGAAAGGAAGCUCAUGGAGACUCUUUGGACAAACAACACAAAAAGAAGAUUGAAAGGGAGGAAGAAAGACUUAAAAACAACAACAGAGACCUUUCUUUGGUUAAGAUGAAGUCAAUGUUUGCCAUAGGAUUCGCAUUUACUGCUCUACUGAGCAUGUUUAACAGCAUAUUUGAUGGAAGGGUUGUGGCUAAACUUCCGUUCUACCCGAUAUCAUGGAUACAAGGCCUUAGUCACAGGAACCUGCCUGGUGAUGAUUAUUCAGACUGCUCAUUUAUAUUCUUGUACAUAUUGUGCACAAUGAGUAUAAGGCAAAAUAUACAGAAGCUAUUAGGAUUUGCCCCAUCCCGUGCUGCAUCGAAACAAGGCGGUGCGUUAUUCGCAGCUCCACCAGCUCAAUUCAAAUAAUUUUUUGAAUCUAUUUCAAAUAAUGUAGAAACUUAAGUGUGAACAAUAAAUGUUUAUUAAUUUAUUCAAAUAA